GGCGCGGGGCGGCCGCGGCCAUGAGCUGCUCGGACGUGGCCAUGCAGCAGCCCGCCCCGGCGGCGUGCGGGGCGCCCCGCUAUCUGGCCGCGCCCGCGGCGGGGUGCGCGCAGAAGAAGUUAGCUGUGUACAACAAGAUGCAGGAGUCUCUGGAAGCGACCCUUCCCAGCAAGCAAGAGGAGGAUGAGAAAGACCAGCCUGCCGAGAUGGAGUACCUUAACUCUCGCUGCGUCCUGUUCACUUACUUCCAGGGAGACAUUGGUUCAGUAGUGGAUGAACAUUUCUCAAGAGCUUUGAGCCAAGCCAGUAGCUUCAAUUCAGAAACUGCCCUUACCAAGAGCAAGACAGGGCUAAGUCCUCUGUGGAGAGAAAGCUCAGCAAUUUCAAGCCAAAGGAGCAGUUUCCCGACUUCAUUUUGGACCAGCUCUUAUCAGCCUCCUCCUCCACCGUGCUUAAGUGGAGUACACCCCGAUUUCCCCGUCACCGCACCAGGCACCUUCCCAACACCAGAUCCCGGCAGCUGGCCGGGACACGGCCUCCAUCAGACUGCCCCACCUCCUCCCCCCGCUGCCUCCGAAUCCUGGCAUUACCCUUUAGCAUCUCAGGUGAGCCCUUCGUACGCGCACAUGCACGAUGUGUACGUGCAUCGCCAUCACCCCCACGUGCACCAUCACCACCCCGGCUCGCACCGCGACCCCCGCUACGGGUCCCUGCUGAUGCCGUCGGUCCGCGCAGCCAGGAUCCCCGCUCCCCAGUGCGACGGGACAAAGGCAGACCCCGCCGCUGUCACCAGCGCUACCUCAGCAUGGGCUGGAGCCUUUCACGGGACAGUGGACAUCGUGCCAAGUUUUGGGUUCGACGCAGGUCUACAACAUCAGGACAAGGGCAAGGAAACUGCUUGGUUCUGAAGUGCAGAGAAAUUCAGACCAGCUAGAGCUGGAGUCAGCACAGCUGGGCGGGCGAUACAGCAGUCGUUGACUCCUUUUGCAUGGAGCAGAGGACACACAUGAAGAUGAAGAGCCAACUAUUUUGGUUUUGCUGUUGAGCCUUUUUGUUUGUAAGGCCGUUUAUGGGUCCCACAGCGUUGGAAAAAAAGAACCAGAAACCUAACUUCUCUUUCUUUCCUCAUCUGAGCCUGCUGCAGCUGGGCAACCUAACUCCUUUCUGCUCCUUUAACAGUGUUUUGUUUUGUUCAGCUUGAUAUUUUUAUGAACAGUCUCAAUUGUCAGGAAAAAAAAAACAAACAAACUCUCCCUUGACUACAGUGCGCCUCCUUUCAGGAAUACAGUAUUUUGUAGCUCUUUGUGCAUCUAUUUUUGUAGAAAUACAGAAAGUUUGGGUAAGGAUUGAUGGGCUAUUUUAGGAUGACAUAUUUUUUUAAAAAAAAAAAUUGUAAAAUUGUUAAGUUCUGUUUAAAGAACUUGCUCUCAGAGAAGCACUGGCAAAAAUGUAUAAAAUGCUAUUUUUAGAUGUCCGUGACGUGUUUGUGCAUUUUGGGUUUUUUUUUGUUUGUUACCUCAAAUGUCUAUCUUUCCUUUCUUUUUAAAGAGCUAAACCUCCCUCGUUUCCACAUUACUCGAUUUUGAUGUUUUUGUCCUUUUGUUCUAGCUUAAGCAAGUAUAAUUCGCACCCAAAGUUCCAGCCAAGUAUUUUUUCCUGAUGUUAGAUUGUAGUAAGGGUAUUUGUAUUUUUUCUUGCUUCUAAAGGUGGCUUUGUGCUGAGCUGAUUGUCAGAAACUCGCAAACACCUUUAGCAUAAAACGAAACUUGAGGUUACAGGAACUGCAUUUCCAACCCAUCCAUUCUUUAAAAAUGGACCAAAUACUCUUACGGAUUUAAACCAAAUGUAAAUCUGGGCCUCUUCUAUGAUCCACUGAAGAUGUUGAACAUCUUCAGUCUCCUGUGGGUUAUGUUGCAGGCCCUCGGAAGUGCUCAUAAAUAUCAGUACAAUCUUAUAGGCAGGACUUUUUCAGAUAAGCCAUUUCAAGGGGUGGUGACUUAUAACAUCAGUAUUCAGGGGGGAAAAAAGCCAGGUUUAUAAAAACGCGCGGCUCAUGGAAACAAACCGUUUUCAACUGGCCUGAUCUGUGUGCUGAGCACCUCGAGAAGAGCGCUGAAAUCUCCAUCUCCUGUUGACUCCAGAGUGUGUUUGUCCAGCCCGGGCUGUGCUGUGGGCCUUGGGAGACCCCAGCUGCAGCUCUUGGGUUUCGUAACCGGUUGCACGUGCUCGGCGUGCACACGUUGAGGCUUGGCUGCCAUCAGGGGGUAGGAAUCUGGAGACUUGGAAAACAGCGCGGCCACAUCCAACCCCGGCCCUCUGCAGCGUUUGGGAAAACCCCCUUUCUGGCCUGGGCCUUGGGUCUGACUUGCAUAAUGAGGAGUUUAGUUGGAGCCAAGGGGAGCGAGCUCCAGUCCCGAAUAAGGGCUGCAAGAUCGCCCUUGGCAGCCUCGGUGCUGCCUCCGUGUCCAACCCAUGGAGACUCCAGCGAGUGUCAGCACGUGCUUAGGUGGGACUGAGGAGAGCCUGGGUCGGGUCCUGGGUUACCAGGUCCUGGCUGUUGCUUGGAGAGGUUGCCUUUCUCUGUGCACCCAGGGUCCCUCUGUAAUGUUUCCCGAGGCUCUUGAAACCUAUUGCCUUUUGUUACCACUGUUUUCAGACGUCCCUUUUCGAAAGACACACCACUGGUUUUAUGUCUGAAACCAAGACAUAAUCGCGUGGGUGAGAUAAGAAACGGUUUAAUUUCAAGGCACUGAGCGUCGUAAAUGUAGUUUUGUCAGGUGGAGACCACAUGGAUCUGCGUGUGAAAGGGGAGGGGGGGUGUUGGGAUGUGCAUGCCACUCCAGGGUUCAGGGCUCCCUCCCCGCACUGCUGCUUCACUCCAGCCCUUUUGAACUUGAUUCUAUGAGGUGUUGAGUGUUCUCCCUUGUCACAUGACAGGACUUGACAUGCUGGCACUGGAGGCAUUAGAAUUAUAUCACAAUUUGGCAAUACCCUUAUACAUAUAUAUAUAUAUAUAUCUUGUUUGAAGUUUGAGGCAAUGUAUAAGUGCUGAAUGGACUAUGCUUAAAUAUUGCUUUAAAAUAGAGGGGUUAUAGUUUCAGUGUUGGGAUGAUGAAUUAAAUGUGGUGGGGUUUUUCUCCUCAUCUUUAUAGUCCAUCAGUAUUUCUUUCUCUUAAUAAAUUUCACUCUCUUGACAGUGCUAUAUAUCACUGCUGCUCUCGUGGAGCUGGCUUCUCAGUUUGUCAAUAAAUUCGUCAUGCAAUUGGAAAACUGUGUGGGAGGGAAUGUAGUAAUAGCUGUCACAGUUCACUGUCUGAUCAGGACAGGAUAGUUCAAGAAAUAUUUCAAGAAUAAGAGUUCUGACUUAGGAAUUCUGACAGUAUUAGAAAUAGUGGGAGGAAAAAAAAAAUCCAAGGUAUUUUUGUGUUGGUUUUUUUUUUCCCCUGGACUUGGCAAAGCUGGAAGGCAAAGAAACAAUAUGUCCUCAAUAAACUUCAGGGAGGGAGGGCAGGAGAGGCAAAAGAAAAGGCAGCAUUUCUUUUUGAGGUGUAGUGUGUUUGACUUCCUGAAAUGGUUUAAAGUGUAGCAAGAGCGGUCUGUUCGUUGCCUUCCUCUUCACCAAUUCAUACUGUGAGGCACCUCCUCCAGUUCCCUGUGGAUGUCAAAGCAAAAUGGGACACAAAAAACCCAGGCCGGCAGUUUGCACUGGAAUCUCUCUCUGGAUUGUAUUACUGAGUUGUUGGUUAGUGGGGAUGAAUAAGUGGUGAAGCUCUUGCCUCUUCCACCUCGAGGACUACUGUUCUGUGCCCAGUUUCCACUGCUGAACCCGCGCGUGAGCUGAAGGAACUUCUGUUGCUCCGCAGGCUCUCAGAGGCAAGUGCCGAUAAAAACCUGCCAUCAUCUGUAGCCAUUCCUGCACCAGUCAGCUGACUCUGAAAAUUAAAUAAAUUAAAUUCUUUUCCCUCAGUCACUAACUGUCCCUUGUGCUAACAAGCGAGUUGAAAGUGCAAGUGCGUAGCAGUAGCCCUGUUUCUGCACUCUAUGAUUCGGAGGAUGAAAAACGAAAAAAAAAAAUCCUUCCCUGUGACAAACUUUUAAGUUAAAUUCAGCAGAUUUACUUCUCUCUCUCUCUCUUUCUCAUAUACACACUCUCACACACACGCACAAAUGUGCUUAUGAGAAGCAGAUGCUGCGAUGGUUUUGUUCUUGAAAGAGGAGGGGAGCGCUCGCUCGCAACGUUGCAGUCAUGGAGAAUUGGUGGCGGUGGGAAAGAAACAGAAAUGUUAACACUGCUCAAGUUUCUGCAGAUAGGAAAAAAAGGCCCUUAAAAUCAGGUCACAGAUAAGUUACGUGCCUUAAUGCGUUACUGAAGGAGUUGUUUCGUUCCUUUUAUGUGUGGUGAGUUCUGACGCUGUCCCAAGAAAGUGGAUGAUUCAUUUUGAGAGGGCUUAUGAAACAUAUUGUACUGUAUCACUGUUUCUGGGAGAACGUAGGGAAAUUGUUGUUUUAUUUCAAGAAAAUCAACAUACUAAACUCCUGAAGUGUUCCAGGAUUUUAUUUGUUCCUACCAAUGUUGAGAAAUCUGCCGUUAAUUUUUGUGUCUUCAUUUGAAGACCGGGAGGGUUCAAGCUGUCCACCACUUUUUGAAAAGCAGAUACCAGUUUGUUUCAACGGCCCAUUUCCAUCCGCACAAGAUGAUGGAAUAGCGCAGCUACUGACUGCCCUGGAGAUUUGAUUUCUGGAGAGCUGAGUAAGCUGCACUUGGCAAGAGUAAAAUUCACUGUGUUCUGAUUCCUUUCGUCACCAGAUGCAAAAGUUCAGUUAUCAGUUUAUCCAAUACCUCUUUUACAGUGUGAUGGUCUCCAGGGAAUGGCAGAUUUUUCUUCAGUCAUCUACUCCUGCAUCAAAACACGCUUUCAAGAAUGGAUCUCUCAUCACAGCUCUCAGAGAGCAGAGGUUGUGGGAGGGGAGUGUCACGUUUCCCCCCCACACCUGCACUUAGGAUUGCCUUGCCUGCCCCCCAACCUUUCUGCUUCCAGGCACAAAGACCUGUGUCUUGCUCCCACAGUUUUUUAUGUGUAUGUACAUAUGUCUGUACAAAUAUAUGUGUACACAUACACACGUAGCUAUACCUGGUGCCUCCGUUCCACCCUCGUGCUUCAAGUGCACAUCCUUUGGAAAUAAAGUGAAUGACAUCACCCAGUCUCAUCUGAGAUGGAAAACGUAGGCGUUUUUUUGCGUUCUCAGUCGACUCAGGAGCGAAUAGAUUUUUUCCAUGCUUGUAAAAACAAAACCCAAACAAAUACCCAACAAAAAACCCCUUUCAAAACACCUGAUUGGUUGUAUCUGUAAAGAUGACCGUGGAGACAGCAGAGUUAUGUGGAGAGGUGCAAUAUUUUGCCUUUCAGCAGGCGAGUAUAUCUUUGAAUAUGAUUCUUUUAAUUAAUUUCAGGUACAAGCUUUUCCUCCGUAUCAAUGGACCAGCAACAUGUAUUUCUUAUAAACAACUCAGAAAUAUAUAUGAUUUUUAAGUUGAGUCCUUGGUUUUAGUAUGUCAGCCUUUGAGCCUUUAAAGGGUAUUUGGAUGAUAAAUAUUGUUUGUGUGGGGAUUUUUAAAAAAAAAAGUUGAUGCAUGCUCUUUGGAACUGAUAAUCUCAUGUGAAGUGGGAAGGUAUUUAAAAAUAAAUACUGCUUUUACAUAUUAGCCCUAUGGGCACAAUCUGACAGUUGUGAUGCAGGAACAUGUCCCUUUAAAAACUAAAGAACCCUUGGCCUGAGCAAGUUCAAAAUCCAGUCUUUGGGACAGGAGAGGCAGGAGUGGUCUUCUUGGAAGAGUUGAGCUGGUAGAGCUGAGAGCAGAGAUGAUCCUCUCCAGCAUUGUAUGGAGGUGGUUGAGCAGUCACUGCUCAACAUAUUAAAUGUAGACUAUGUUAGCAAGUUUAAACUUACAGGGUGAAUUGUAAAUGUCCCUGGAAACCUGUGUCUGCCCUUGGUCUGCACAGUGCCCAUGACCCUCUCCCUGUUCUUGCUCUGCAGUCUCUGUGACACCACAGUGGGACCUAUGAAAGCUGGGCUGGAGUUCCCUGUGAAGUGCAAGAUGUUUUUAGCUGCCAAUUAAAAAAAAAAAAAAAUUUAGGGAUGGGGGUCAUUAAAACGUCGCAAUGAUCUCAUGCACCUGCACAGAGGCUCAAGCCUUCAGGAUAAACGAGCUAACUGGCUGUGCAUCGUUGAUCAUGGCCGUUUGCCUACAGGAGCCUGAUUCUGCUUCCUCCUGUCGGUGUCUUUGGAAAUCUUCAGUGGCAUUGGCAUCACUGGGAGCAGCCUUGGAUGCCUGAAUUGCAGCCCAGUGUUGGCUGGCACAGUGUCGUGGCCUGGGCAUCGGUGCCAGACAUCAGUGGGAAUCGUCGUCGACUCUGGCGAGCUCUGGGCCCAGGUAUUUAGUACCUAUAGACAGCUGAUAUUUAUAGCAGCUGAGGUUUACAGUAAUCUAAAGUAUCUGCAGAAUGUGCUGCACUUUCCCUGCUGGCUGUUUGUAGCUGUUGUUUGAAACCAUCAGUCAAAUCAGGGCCCCUCUCUCCCCCCCACACCUGUUUUCCAAUCUCGCUUCCCUCAAAAUUCCAUCGAACUUUUUUUUGCCCCUCCCAUCAAAACUGAUGGGGGGGAGGGCUUUGUAUAAAGAAAAGUGUCACUGUUUAUUACUGAAUAAAUAAUUUAAUGUGAAUUUUAUUGUUAUAUUUUUUCAUGUCGAAUUUUUAGUUUGGUCUGUGUUUCUCACCAGUUAGCUAUUUCUUUAUUCUUAUGCAACUGAAGAACUCAUAAACUACAGCAUCCUGAGUUUC